UUGAAGCCGUGUGUGUCAGGAGACAGCUGCUUUUGUGCCAGCGCUGCCAUGUGACCUCACUAUUCCCAGCGUUGGCUCUAAAUUUAGACCCUGGCCAGAGUUACUCUUCAUGUGGGAAAACCAAUGACAAACACCAUCAGGAUAAUUACUUUUUAAGCAAAGCAGGCACUUCUUUCCACACUUUGGGAUUGUUGAGGGAAUUUCAGUGCCGGUGUAACGUUGGUGAGAUCUGUGUGCAACCAGAGAGAGCAAUUCAGGACUGGAAAUGUCAAGAGACACCGCAGAAACUGAGCUGAGCUGAUGAGAGAGUAACGCACAGCAGAGCUCCAGUGGUCACCGUGGGGGGAGGUGCGUGUGUGCAGGGUCAUCAUGACCGGGGUGACGGUGUGCUUUGGGACAGUGAACUCCAUCAAGGCUCUGUGGGAGACGAGGAUAAAGAAGACCAAGGAUGAUCUGAAGAGAGAGAAGGAGCAGAGGGAGAGAGCGGCAGUGGGACGGUUGGCAGGAGCAUGGGAGGACAGGAUCACCUUGGCCAAAUUAAAGGAAAAAGUAGUGACGGAGGAUGGGAGGGUCAUCCUACGCAUUGAAAAGGAGGAAUGGAAGACUCUCCCUCCAGCGCUGGUCCAGCUCACUCACAUUCAGGAGUGGCAGCUGCACCGGACAGGCCUUCAGAAGAUCCCCCGCUUCAUCUCCAGCUUCCAGGGCCUCAUUGUGCUGGACCUGUCCCGCAACUCGAUCAAAGAAAUCCCUAAAGAAAUAGGUCAAUUAACUCGGUUACGAGAGCUGCUAGUGAGCUAUAACAGGCUGAGCUGUGUGCCAGAGGAGCUGAGCAGCUGUGAGAGUCUGGAGAAGCUGGAACUGGCAAUGAACUCAGAUCUGGACGAGCUGCCUGAGCAGCUCAGCAAUCUUAAGAAACUGUACCACCUGGACCUCUCCAUGAACCAAUUCACCACAAUCCCUGAGUGUGUGGUGAGUCUCCCUGCUCUGGAGUGGUUGGACAUGGGAGGGAACAGGCUGGAGAGAUUACCAGAUGACAUCCACAGGAUGGAGAGGUUACACACACUGUGGCUACAGAGGAACGAGCUGGAGUAUCUGCCAGACAACAUUAGCCGCAUGCCCAAUCUGGACACGUUGGUGCUCAGCAAGAACAAGCUGAGAGACAUCCCUCCACUGAUGGAGGGCAUGACAAACCUCAGGUUUGUAAAUUUCAGAGACAAUCCGCUGACCUACGACGUGACUCUGCCAGAUGUGAAAGAGGAUGUGGACGAAGAGGAGAACGACAGGGAAAUGUUUGGCCGAGAGUUCAUGCACCACUACAUCCACGAGGCCCGCAAAAGAGAUUCCCAGACUUACACCUCUGUGCUAAAUGUGACGGUGGACGGUGGUUUAGAGAUCACUGCGUCAUCAUAGUGACGUCCUGCAUGCCACCGUCUGCUCUGCUCUUUCGUCCACGGUGGCCUGUCCUGUCCCAUCUGUCCUGCACGUCC